AUGGCUUUGAACUACGGGAGGCGUGGGAAGGCAAGCUUUGUGGCGCCUAAGAUCUCGUUGGCGGCGCCAGGAGCCACCACCACAUCCUGCGCCGGACACCUCCGCGCCACUCAGUCCCCACGCCAGAGCGACAGACACGCCGUCGCCUCCGCCGUGCGGUUCGACAGGCGCUCGGCCGUCCUGCUCCUGCUGUCCGCGGCGGCGCCGGCUGCGGCAGCUCCUCCGGCGGACGCUGCGGGCAUCGGGCUCUUCGGCAUCCGCAAGAAGCUGGAGCGGGCGGAGGAGGCCGCGGCAGAGGCCGUGCGGGAGGUGGAGGAGGCUGCGGUGGAGGCCGCGGCGGUCGGAGGGGAGGCAGUGAAGGAUGCGGUGGUAGAGGCGGAGAAGGAGGCGGUCGAGGUUGCAGGUGAGGGCCUGCAGCUGGUGGCCGGCGCGGAGCUCGCCGGGGACGGUCUGGUGCAGGCCGCGGUGGUCGCCGGCGCCGAGGCGCUCGGGGUUGUCGUGGGCGUGUCCGUGGUCAAUGGCAUCCUCAAGCCCGAAGCUUGA